AUGGCCUCGUCGACUUCUCAAGCUGGCCAGUAUUGGCACCAAGCUUUGAAACUAAGGAAGCAUUUAAUGAAGCAGCUAGAGAAACUCAAAGCUGAGAGUGCCUCUGGAGUGCAGGUAUCGCACUACGAGGCCGUCGAAAGCACCCUGGAGCAAUUUCGUCUUGCAUUCGUUCAUACAAUCUUUUUGGAUUUCGCAUAUGGUGUCAAGGAGAACACGGAAGAUGUUCUCUGGGCUUUGCAUACCGCCAUCAACUCCGAAUAUAGACGCAUUCAGAGCCGACUGAGACAAUCCGCCCACGCCGUUGAGAGACGCAAACUGGAAAAGCACUACAACAAUUUUCUUCGCGUUGCACAGAAAUUCUACAGGGGAUAUAUCCAACGCCUUGCCGCGCGGUACGAUGUUCCGGAACUCAGGAGAGCCGCACGUGGCAUCGAUGUCAACCUGCAAGACAACGAAGACAGCAUUAGCCCAGUCCCAACAGAGUUGAGCGCUAUGGUUUUGACGUCAUGCCACUCGACCCUGCUGCGUCUGGGAGAUUUGUCUCGGUAUAGGACUCAAGCUAGACAUAAGAACUCUACCUAUCAGUCUGCGUUGACCUAUUAUAGCCUUGCGCAUCUUCUGAAACCCCAGUCUGGAUAUGCAUAUCACCAGAUGGGCAUGGUUCACUUGGAUCAAGGCAAUCACCUUGAUGUCGUCUACAAUUUCUAUCGUUCCUGGGCGGUCGAUGCACCUCACCCAAAUGCAAAGGCCAAUCUUGAAGCAGAAUUCAAGUCUCUCCAGCUGCCAAAUUCAUCCAAAUCGCGACAGAAUACGUCAUCCGCAGCCCAAGAUGCCUUCUCCAUGUGGUUUGUCAGGCUCCAUGCACUCUUUUACAAGGGCGAAAACUUCCCGCAACAGGCGGAGCUAGAAGGCGAGGUUAAGCACCGGCUCGAAAUGGCCUGUCACAGCGACCAAUCUGCAGAUACGCUGGGCAAGAUGGCGCUGGUUAACAUUUCUGCCCUUCAUAUUGCGUCGACCCUGUACAAAGAGUCGAUGGCAUCAGCUGCGUCGAGAUUUUACCAAUUUGCCUUGCGAUUUAAUGCCAUGUUUGUGUCAACAUUUUGCGCAGCCUUCGAAUCGGAGCUUAAAGAAGCAACAUCCGAGAAUGGAACGACUGAUGGAUCUGAUACUGCGUCCCCCAAAAUCUCGCCCAUGGUCGCGGCCCUUCUUCCUGUCUUGCGCUUGUAUAGCAUGUGGCUUGCUGCCCACCGUAGCGAAAUCUGCGCCGCUAUUGAAGCAUUCGGAGGAGUCGUACCUUGCAUGGUUCAAAAUCUUGCAAAGGUGUUCACUUUGCUCUGCGUCUUCACCUAUAGUCAGACCUUGGCAACCUGUUCAUAUCUGCUCAAGGAGGAUUUGGAAAUUCGUGGGUUCCGCCCCAUAUCUGGCGAGACCAUUCCUCAGCAAUGCCGAUGCUUUUGCAGCGAGGACUGUUCCCCAAAAAUCUACCUUCAGGAUGAAGACUCUCGGCUGGCACCAUCCCAAGAGAACCUGGCCAGAGUAUUGGAUAUUCUCCGCUGUGCAUACUUUCUUGCUGAAGACUCAAGCUUUCCCUUGCAUCAUAAGGUCGUUGACAAUUCACUCAUCUUUGAAUACGGUGCUAACGGCACUGUUACCACUCGCGCAACUGACCAAUCCACGCCGACAAUGCGAGUGGUCGGCGCGGAGAGGUCGGCUGUACCCUCCAACGCUGUCGCUAUAGACACACCAAGAAAGGAGCAUAUCAGGGUUAGGAGUCUCACGAGUCGCCCGAGUCCUGGUACGCUAUCGCCCGAAGAACCACUCCAGCUAUCGAGCCACUCCGGCCCCGAUGUUAGUGCUUGCAAGCCGCCAACGGCCGAGCAGCAACAGGGUGUACAGGAUGAAGGAAAUUUGGAUGACACAGACAACGCAUUGUUUGAUAUGUUGUCUCCCUUCCUAAAACCACCAACUCCACAGCCUCAGCAGCGGUCCGGCCAGCCCACGGAUGAGUCUUCCUACGGCAUGCACACAACGACUGCAAACAAUGCACUUGGCUCCUUCCAAACGGAGCGCAGUCCUUCUGGGCCGACCCCUUCUGGAAAGUUUGCGCAAUUGCCAUGGGCCUGGUUUAACACCCCCGAGCCAGAGCGACCUGUCGGAGGCGAGACGCCUAAUGGACAGACGGCCUUUUCUGCCAACCCCAGCCCAUACCACUCACCGACGCAGUCCAUGAACGGCGGGAACACUCUGGAUGACCCUUUUGCGACCCCUGGACGGAACAACAAUGGCGUUUUUGCCAAUGGCCAUGCCGUCCAGCCUCAGAACAGGCGAAGCGUCACUGGCCCUGUCAUGUCCAACCCUGAAUCUGCUCAUCGUAGCCACCUGCUUCAGGCCUUUUCUGGCACAAAUGUACCGCGAAGCUCACCCUUCACCCAGUGGGGUGAAAACCAGCAGUCGACCAGACAGAAUAACGGCCCGGCCGUAUCACCUUGGGGACCUCGGGCCCUGGACAACCUCCCUCAGUCGACGGGAACUUCCGCCUUCUCCCAUCCCAGCAGCCUGUACCAGGGCACGCCAGCGAACGACGUUGGCCUUGGAUUGAGAGCCAUGGCAGGUGGUGGGUCCGAACACCAGCCUUUGAGUCCAGCUCAUGUCGAGCCGACGGCGAGAUAUUUGCAGAUGGACCAGACUACACUAAACUACAAUGAGGCUAUCCUGCAAGCUGCGUACCGUGGACAUAAGUGA